AUGAAUAUUCAAUUCGACAACCCAGACCCUUUCCCCAUCAACUGUCUGAAGUUUAAAAACAACUCCAUACACACAAUAGGACUGCCCAAAUAUGGAACGUUUGCUGUAUCUUGCGAUUCCAAUGGCAAUGGCUGGACUGUUAUACAGCGUCGUCUACACGGCAAUGUUGAUUUCAAUACAACAUGGUUGAAUUACAUGAAUGGUUUUGGAUCGGUCGAGGGUGACUUUUUUAUUGGACUGGAAAACCUGCACCACCUGACGGCUUACGCGCCCUUUGAACUAUACAUACAUCUAGUCGAUCAUAACGAUCAAGUGUACUAUGCGAGCUAUGAUGAGUUCAGUAUAGCCAACGAAGCCGGUGAAUACGAAAUAAAGUCGCUUGGAGAAUACAGAGGAAAUGCUGGAGAUGCCCUACGCAACCAACGUGGCCUUAAGUUCUCCACAAUUGACCAUCAAAACGAUGUAGACGAUUGUUUGAAAACGCUGAAAGGCGCUUGGUGGUAUUCCAGCUGUGACGACAGCAAUCUCAAUGGCCCAAACUUAAAUUGCAACGAUAUCGGCAAAAAUAAUAAUAUCGCAUACCUGCAAACUAAUGGCUGCAUUUUUUGGAAGAAUGGAGACACGUACCUUGUACUUAAGCAAGUGCAGAUAAUGAUAAAACCCAAAAAAAUAAAAUAA